AUGUCAAAGAAAGGACUUUCGGCUGCCGAGAAACGCAAAAGGCUCGAGGAAUUGUUUCACGAGACGAAGGACUUUUAUCAACUUAAAGAAUUGGAAAGGAUCGCUCCAAAACAAAAGGGGAUAGUGAUGCAAUCGGUUAAAGAUAUUCUUCAAGAAUUGGUAAAUGAUAAUCUUGUUGCUCAAGAUAAGAUUGGCACUUCGAAUUACUUCUGGUCAUUUCCUAGUAGUGCGCUCCAAUCGCGGCGAGUGAAGAUUGAAGAACUCACCGAAGAAAUUAAAAAGUUGUCGGAUAAGAAUGCCGAAUUGCAAUUAAGCAUUGAAAAAGCAUCUGAUGGUCGUGAAAAGUCGGCAAGUAUCCUUUCUCAGUUAACGGAAGUCGAAAUGAAAAGGACGAAUUUCAAGAAGGAAUUGGAUCACUAUAAAGAACAUGACCCUGUGCUCCUCGAGGCAAAAGAACGUCAUGCUGAGGUGGCGCUAGAAGCGGCGAAUCGUUGGACGGAGAACAUCUUCCUACUCCAGUCUUACUGCAGCAACAAAUUUGGAAUGGAACGUGCUGACUUCUAUAAAAAUUUUGACAUUCCCGAGGAUUUCGAUACCCUGUGA